UGUGUACGUGUGUGUGUGUUUGUGUGUGUGCUGAGGAGAGGGGUGGAAGCAGAAAAGGAAAAAAAGGCUUUCUGGUUAUUGCUUGGAGGCGGGAAAGAUGUGCUGUCCGUUUCUUUGCUCCAGACUGAGUAUGAAGGUGUGCUUAGAAGGAUAGUUAUCUGUUGGACCUCUCUACGUGUGGUCUGUGAAUUGGCUCCCCUUGAUUUGGGGGAAAGGGGACCCUUCUCAGGAAGGAAAUAUUUUUACUUGCCCUCCAAUUUCAUAUGUUGUAGAUACUCUGUGUGUGUGUGCAUGCGCACACACGGGGAGGGGAGGAAACCUACAAUUAUCCCCCAUUUCUUUUUUGUGGGAGAUGCCUACUAAUGACCCUCCUUGAAUAAGACAAACCUUUCACUGGAAUUAGAAAAUUGUAAUGGGAAGUCCCUUAAUUGGCCUCUUUCUGAAGGGGACAGACGGCAGCUAGCAAUCAUUUUUAAGGAAAACAAAAUCAUCAUUUUUACAUUCUUCAGUUUUAAGAAUUCCUUCAUUGGACCUCUCUUUUGCAGACAGAUAGAAGUAUUCUCCUUUUCUCAAGUUUUUCCUCUUUCUGCUUGGGAAAAGUUGGGCAUUCUCCCUUUUGAGGGGGCUUUGGGGUAAGUGUGCGUGGUGGGUGUAAAGAACUUUGUGCUGCUGAUUUCCUCUGUAUCCAUCCAGUUGUAAAGGAAGCAACUCACUCAUUGAGUGAUUUUUUCAGAGGGCAGUUAUAUCUCCUGCUAAGCUGAGUUAUAAGAAAGUCUUACUAAGAAAAGGGGAUAUCGCCCAGCCUUAAACUUGGGGAAAGGAAACCCUGUUUAAGGGUGUCUUUUAGUGGUAGUAUUGAUCUGAUUGGCUUGGAGUAUUAAGGCUCUGAAAAAAAACACUGAAGAAAGAAGACAGGGUCAAUUUCCUUACUCACAAUUUUCCCAGGUGUUUGACAGGUGCCUUGCUAUCUUGAGUGUCAGUUGAUGGGAACAGUACAGUUGUGAGUGUUGGAGCUAGUUUCCUUUUAUUGUUUCCUUUCCACGUGCUAGGAAUAGUUUUUUCUUGAUGCUCAAGUCCUAUUGACAUCAUUUUUCAGUAUUUCACUUGAAAAGAAAUGAAAGUGUGUGCAUGAGAGGGGAAUUAUUAUUUUCAGUGGCAGGGAAGGCCUGGGCCAGGGCAUUAAUAAAUAAUCAGCCUGUUCUGAGAUGUGCUUACUAAAGUUGGAUUUCUGAAUUGAUGGUUUAAAAUAGAGGUUUUCGCCAAAUUAAAAAGCUUAGAAGCUCUUUCCCUUUUCCAGGAUAGUUACUUAAUCUGGAGGAGUAUUGUUCAAGAGAUCUUAAUCACAACCAGCCCCAUUUAUGGUGGGUCCCUAAUUCUGGGAAAGUUGAGUAAGGUUUGCGCUGCUUGCCUGCCUGCCUUGAUACCUGAAGCAGUGGGGUGACACAUCAUGUGUCAGGUAGACCCCAGGUGGUUGAAGGAUGCCCCUUACUAGAUACAGAAGGCCUCGAACCUUUGUCAAGGGUGAAAAAGAAGCAGUUAAGAUCAGUAUUGAAAAUUCCUUUAAAGAGACUUGGUUUCAGCUUCCCAACGGCUGAGAGGAUCCUUGACACGAGUGGUACCUGGGCGGUGAGAACAGCGGAAAUCGUGCCUCGAUUUUUCACGUCACACUUUGGAAACAGGAGCUGUCAUUCCCUGUUAAGCAAUGGCACACCCUUAAAAAAUAGCAGUUUGACGUUUUGAUUUCAAAUGUGGAAAGUCUUUCAAAGAUGACUUAGGUCUCAAGGAAAAGAAUAGUUUGGACUCACUAAGGAAGACAAACUGAUUUCAGAGACUUGGAGUAGCAGAACAAGAUCAAAAAGUUAAAGCUAAUUGUAAAUUGAGCAAACAACUGCAUUGACUUCUUCCCCCAUAAGCACGCUCUUCAAAAAGAGGCACUGUAAAUUGGAAUGAGGUGCUGGAUCUCUGUAGGACCCUCCUAAGUUGAUGGAAAAGUUCUCAUAGGUUUUUAUUUUUUAAGUUAAAACUGUACAGUCUUUUGGAAAAUUCUUACUUGCCUCCACUUAACCCAUUUUUUCCAGUCAAAGACUUUGGGCACAAAAGAGCAUUGGAUAUAUCAGGAACUGGAUUUAUAAAAUAAUUUUGCUCGGGGGGAGAAAACAAGAUGGAUGAAGAGGAGCCCCAGCAGCUGGGCAUGUUUGUUGAAGGUGAAUUGAUGUCAGUGGGCAUGGACACAUUCAUCCACCGUAUUGACUCUACAGAAGUGAUCUACCAGCCUCGGCGGAAGAGGGCCAAGCUCAUAGGCAAAUACCUGAUGGGGGACUUGCUUGGGGAAGGGUCUUAUGGCAAGGUCAAGGAGAUGCUGGACUCUGAAACCCUCUGUAGGAGAGCUGUCAAAAUCCUUAAGAAGAAGAAACUGCGUCGGAUCCCCAAUGGAGAGGCUAAUGUUAAAAAGGAAAUACAACUCCUACGGCGGUUACGGCACAAAAAUGUAAUCCAACUAGUUGACGUGUUGUACAACGAAGAGAAGCAAAAAAUGUAUAUGGUGAUGGAGUAUUGUGUCUGUGGCAUGCAAGAGAUGUUGGACAGUGUUCCUGACAAAAAGUUUCCAGUCUUUCAAGCACAUGGGUACUUUUGCCAACUUAUAGAUGGCUUGGAAUAUCUGCACAGCCAGGGGAUUGUACACAAAGAUAUCAAACCAGGAAAUCUCCUGCUAACCACCAAUGGGACGCUAAAGAUAUCAGAUCUAGGUGUGGCAGAGGCCUUGCAUCCAUUUGCUGAGGACGACAUGUGCCGAACAAGCCAGGGAUCCCCCGCUUUCCAGCCUCCAGAAAUUGCCAAUGGCCUUGAUACCUUUUCUGGCUUCAAAGUGGAUAUUUGGUCAGCAGGUGUCACACUGUACAACAUUACAACAGGCCUUUAUCCCUUUGAGGGAGAUAAUAUUUAUAAGUUAUUUGAAAACAUUGGAAAAGGGGACUUUGUAAUUCCUGAGGAUUGUGGUCCUCCGCUUUCAGAUUUGCUUAGAGGAAUGCUUGAAUACGACCCAGCCAAGAGGUUUUCAAUACAGCAGAUAAGGCACCACAACUGGUUUCGGAAAAAGCACACUCAGUGUGAGCCUCCCAUUGCCAUCCCGCCCAGCCCAGAGACGAAGGAUCGGUGGAGAAGCAUGACGGUGGUGCCUUACCUGGAAGACCUCCAUGGCUACAAUGAGGAGGAGGAGGAUGACUUAAAAGACGACUACUUGGAGGACGAGAUCAUUUACACUCAGGACUUCACAAUGCCGGACCUGGAGAACUGGAAGAGACCCUCAAGUCCAGUAUGUUCUUGGUGCAUCCCAGAGAGAUGGCAGUCCAGCCUCUGUUUCAAUCCAUUGAGUGAAGGAGCACCCACCAUGUCUCCAGGGCAGGUGCCCAAUGAGACGAGGCAGAACGGGCAGAGCUGCAGCAGGGGGCUGCCCAAACCAGUCUGCAUGAACGGGACGGAGUCCGGGCAGCUGGGCAGCAAGACAAAAGCCGAGCGGCGGGCAGGCACCUCUUCCAAUCCAUCCCGCAAGGCCUCUUCGGCCAGCAGCAAGAUCCGCAAACUCUCCACCUGCAAGCAGCAGUGACCCAGGCUGGACUGCCGCCAGAGCCAGAGUUCCAAAUUGCCUGCUGCCCUAAGCAGCCAUCCCAACGUCCAUCCGGGCCUCCUCCGUUCUACCCACCCACCUGUAGCAGAUGACCUGUAGAACAAGCUUGCAAUCAGAAAAAAAAAGAAAAAAAGAACUUUUUUUUAAUGAGACAAACCCAAGGGGAAAAUUGGACGGUGUCUUGCACCCACCUGCGACCUCCUUCAGCGCGUCUUUCCUUUUUCAAAAGAGGCUAACUGUUGUUCUUCUGACGGGGUCCGCGCUCCCCUUUGACUGCGAUGCUGUGUGUGGCCAACAGAUGCCCGGACUCAUGUCAGGGGAGAGCCAGGGAAUGGUCUUUAGGGAAUGGUGUUCCUCGUGCAAACACCCUGUUUCUCACCUUCCUGGGUGUGUUUGGAAUCUUGCAAGCCAUUGACACGCACUUUAUGUAGUAGACUACUGUUUUAUUAUAUAUAUAUAUAUAUAUAUAUAUAUAUAUAUAUAUAUAUAUAUAUAUAAUA